CAGUCGUUUUCUCAGUCGAAUUUGAUCACUUGACCUCGACUCCAAUACAAAACGAACCGAAAAAUCGAGGACAACACAAGCAACUCGUCAAUUUGAGACACGCCGCUUUUUCCAUCAUGAGCGGUGCUGGUGCUGCUGCUCGUAGUAGUAGUGGUGCUGGUGCUGGUGCUGCUGCUGCUUCGAUGCCGGUGGACAUUGGUCGACUGGUUGCAGCGACGCGCGCAAUUGACACGCACGUCCUCACUCCAGCAAGCUGGCUGCUCGCCCAGUACGCCUCGCUUAUCUGCUGGACGUCGCGGCCACGCUCGUUGCUGGGAGUCCUCGGCUGGACGCUCGUCGUGCUGCUGCCAGAAAUCGUCGUCGCCGUCAUCGUUCUCGCUGCCAUCACGCUCCUUGGCUGGAAUUACAUUACGCGCUUCUCUGCCGCGCCCGACGCUGCGUCUGCCUUUGCGCGCGGGGCAGCUUCAUCUUCCUCAUCUUCAUCAUUGUCCCGGCAGCAGCACCAGAGCGUCGUGGCAUCCGCUGCGGCAGCUGCCGCGCUGGGACUUGCCCGACCAGCAGCUGCAGCAACCAGCUCGGCGGACGGCUCGAUGCAGCAUUCGGGCGUGGCCACCCCGCCGUCAGGAGGGACCAGCCAGCAGCACGGCGGAGGCGGGACGGGCAGCAGCGGGCACCGGUCGCGUGGAUCGCUCGAGCACUCGCGGUCGGCGUCGCAAUCAUCGCUCCAGCUGCUCGAUCUGGACGAGGACGACGACCAACAGCAACAGCAACAGCAGCAACAACAACAGCAACAACAACAGCAACAGGCCCAUCAUCCGGCUGGGAAUGCCACUCAUCAUCACAGCAGCAGUAGUGCAAGUCCUGCUGCGCAACACCGCGCUGAGCUCCCUCAAGGCACGACUGCCACUGCGUCCCCAGCAGACAUGCAAGAGUUUCGCCACUAUCUUCGAGUAUGGCAGCAGACAAGCGAUAGCCUCGCUGUGGUCGUCCUGCUCGUCGUGGACCUUUUUGUCUGGACGAAUCGCGUUCGAUCCAUCACGCUCCUCUGGCUCCUGGGCUGCGCCAUUCUGGUUGUGUUAGUACUUCCGUUUUGGCUGUCAGUUCUGCUCGCUGGCUAUGUUCCGUUCGUCCUGUGUAGCACGCGAUUGCGAGCAAUGGCAGCAUCCGUGGUGCGGAGACUACCUGUUGGUCGCCUCUCGUCGACCCUUGGAGUGGCGUGGGGUGAGAUCUUCGACAAGCCAACGACCAAAAAUACCGCUGAUGCCGCCAUGGCUGCAGCGGCGGCUCGCGGCGCAGACCUUUCUGAGCAGUUCUCCUCUUCGUCCCGCAUUGUGCACGUGUCGCAGGCAGGCAUCGCUCAAACUCGCGUUGAGAAUGACUUUGAGUUUGUUGAUGAGGCCUCCUCGCGGGCCAUGAAUGGGUCGGCGCUCUCGGGAAACGGGGCUGGAUCGGCAAAGAAGAAACAAGACGGACUCCGAGAACGAAUCUCAACCGGACUCAAAAAACGGCAAACCGAGCUGGCGGGUAGUUGUGCCAACUGCCGAACAUCAUUUUCGCACCUGCUCGUUAAGCGCUGCACAUGCGCGAGCUGCGGAGACGCGUUCUGCACCAAUUGUGCCUCGAAAAGCGUCACACGUGCAGUCCUCGGCGCCACUGCCCCAGCCGCCUUUGAAGAGACUGUUCGUGUGUGUUCCGGCUGCUAUGAUCAGCUGGUUCGACGAUGAUUGGUUUUUCUCUUUUUGGAUUUGUUUUCCCCCCCCCCUCUCAUUCUGUGUUGAUAGUCCGUGUGAUGUCUUAAUAAAUCUAAA